AUUGAAUGCAAGUAAUUGGGAGGUUGAUGCUGUCAUAAAUUUUCCAACCUCCAUAGCCAAAAGGGUACCGUUAUUGUCUGAUCACGACUUUCGAAAAGAUGACCACUAUUUAAUGCCCAUAUCCAGAGAGGUCCCAUUUGCGUUUUCAGUCUAAGAAAAUGUCAGCAUUGAAAUUGGCUGAAACUGAAAGACAGAAAAAUAGCUUUGAUCAACCAAUGGGGUUUGUGGGUUGGUCAAUAAUAUCACCAACAUCCACUUUACUCAACGAGUAACGACAAUUGGGUCUUACGACACUCCCAAAGCUUCCUCAUUUUCCUAAAAUUCUAUUUCGGUUGAUCUUGGAAAAAGGAUGGGAAAUAAGCGUUUUAUGGUUCCAGCAGAGGAUUUGGACUGGUCUACUGUGAAAUAUAAUCUGGAAGAAGCUAAAGCUCCUCAUUUGACUGGAUUUGGCUUGAAGUUUUUUGUUAGGUUUAUUGAAACGCCUUUUAUAGGUUCCUUUAUUGUAUCUUUCUUGAAGAAGCAGAAUGGAAUUGUUGAGUUGUUGCAGGAGACUGUGAUACCAGAACCACCUAUGUUCAGACCUGAAUAUCCUCCCCAAGAAUCAGAACCGGCUGUUGUCAUUUUUGAUGAAGAUGGGAAACCUGAAGAGAGAGUUUCGUCAACCUUGGAAUGCCUUCCACAGUAUGAUCCUGCUAAAUGUUGGAAUGGGGAUACAAAUCAAACUUUCCGCUAUUGGAAGAUACGUGACUAUGCUCAUGCUUAUCGCUCAAGGAUUACAACACCAUCUACAGUUGCAGAGCAUGUAAUCUCGGUUCUUGAGGAGUUUAACAGCAAGAAACCUGCAAUGCCUCUGUUGAUUUCUUUUGAUGCAGAGGAAGUCAGGAAGCAAGCUGCAGCAUCGACAAAAAGAUUUGAGGAAGGCAAUCCAUUAUCUAUCUUGGAUGGAAUUUUUAUGGCAGUUAAGGAUGAUAUAGACUGUUAUCCUCAUCCAUCAAAUGGUGGCUCAACAUGGAUGCACGAGGUUCGCCCUGUCAAUAAGGAUGCAGUUAGUGUUUCAAAGCUACGUAGAUGCGGUGUAAUUUUUGUAGGAAAGGCAAACAUGCAUGAAUUGGGCAUGGGUACAACUGGAAACAAUCCAAAUUAUGGAACAACAAGAAAUCCUCAUGCAGUAGAUAGGUACACCGGUGGAUCUUCCUCGGGCCCAGCAGCAAUUGUAGCUUCUGGAAUAUGCUCUGCUGCGCUUGGAACAGAUGGUGGAGGUUCAGUCCGAAUACCCUGUUCUCUUUGUGGUGUAGUGGGAUUGAAGUCAACAUAUGCACGUGUAGACAUGGAAGGCUCUUUAUGCGGUGGUGGGACUGUGGAAAUUAUCGGACCAAUUGCUUCAUCGGUGGAGGAUCUCAUGCUAGUGUAUUCGGCAAUGUUGGGUUCCUCUCUUGCUGAUAGAUUUAGCUUGAAUCCGUCCCCACCUUGUGUGCCAAACUUGUUAGCAUAUGACACUUCUGAUAUCUUGGGAUCUUUAAAACUCGGAAAAUACACAGAGUGGUUUAAUGAUGUAUAUUCAACUAAUAUAUCUGACAAAUGUGAUGAAGUUCUUGAUCUUUUGACAAAAUCAUACAAUUGUAAUGUGGUAGAAAUUGUGGUGCCUGACUUGCAUGAGAUGCGCACUGCUCAUGUUGUUACGAUUGGAUCUGAGUGUGCAUGUUCACUAAAUCCAGAUUGUGUUGACGGGAAACUUGAGAGAUUGACAUAUGAUACUCGAAUCAGUAUGGCUCUUUUUAGAUCUUUUACUGCAGCAGAUUAUGUGGCGGCCCAGUGUCUCAGGAGAAGAGUGAUGAAUCAUCUCAUGGAGAUAUUCAAAAACGUUGACAUCAUAGUUACCCCAACAACUGGCAUGACAGCACCUAUCAUACCACCAGGUGCUAUUCAAGAUGGAGAAUCAAACAUGCAUGUUACAGGUUACCUUAUGAAGUUUGUCGCCAUUGCAAAUCUUCUCGGUCUUCCUGCCAUUUCUGUGCCCGUGGGUUAUGAUAAAGAAGGUCUUCCGAUAGGUUUGCAACUGAUCGGUCGUCCAUGGGCCGAAGCUACGCUUCUGCGUGUCGCUUCUGCAGUGGAGGAACUCUGCCCCUCAAAGAAGAAGCCUGCAUCAUUUUUUGAUGUUUUGCAGAGAUGAAUUUGCUGCUACAUUUUAACUUAAUUAUGGGGUUUCUUUCCAUGAUGUUAACAUGUUUUGAAAAUUUACAUAAUAAACCAAGAAUUUGAAAAAGAAAAAUCAUAAAAAUACAUCAACACUGAUAAAUUUUCUUUUUUUAUGCUCUGAACUUUUUUAUUUACAAGAAUAUAGUAAAUUAUUUUUUUAGUUA